ACCGACCCGGGACGCGAGCAUCGGGGGAGCGCCGCCCGCCGCCGCCCGCCAAGGAGCCGCGCCGGCUUCCUGGGCUCCCGCUCCCCGGGUGAGCAUCCGCCGGGGCGGAGGGCGAUGUCUGCCCGGGCCCGCCGCGGUCCCCGGGACGGCCGGGCGCAGUGGCUCGCGCCCCUCUGGUGCUUCUCGGCCGCGCUGGGCGUGCUGCGGACCCCCGCCUCGCAGGCGUUCAACUUGGACGUGGACAAGCUCACCGUGUACAGCGGCCCCGAGGGCAGCUACUUUGGCUACGCGGUGGACUUCCACAUACCUGCCGCUCGCACAGCGAGUGUCUUGGUGGGGGCGCCCAAAGCCAACACCAGCCAGCCAGACAUCGUGGAAGGGGGAGCGGUCUAUUACUGUCCCUGGCCCGCCGAGGGGUCUGCACAGUGCAAGCAGAUCCCGUUUGACAACACCAACAACAGAAAGAUCAGAGUUAAUGGAACCAAGGAACCUAUAGAAUUUAAAUCGAACCAGUGGUUUGGGGCAACAGUGAAAGCUCACCGAGGCGAAGUUGUGGCCUGCGCUCCCUUAUACCACUGGAGGACUCUUAAACCAACACCGGAGAAGGACCCGGUCGGCACCUGCUACGUAGCGAUUCAGAAUUUCAGCGCCUAUGCAGAGUAUUCGCCUUGUCGGAACAGUAAUGCUGAUCCCGAAGGCCAGGGUUACUGCCAAGCAGGAUUUAGUCUGGAUUUUUACAAGAAUGGAGACCUCAUAGUGGGAGGACCCGGGAGUUUUUAUUGGCAAGGUCAGGUGAUCACUGCCAGUAUUGCAGAUAUCAUUGCGAAUUACUCGUUCAAGGAUAUCCUAAGGAAAUUGGCUCGAGAGAAACAGACAGACGUGGCUCCAGCUUCCUAUGAUGACAGUUACCUUGGAUAUUCAGUUGCUGCUGGGGAAUUCACUGGAGACUCUGAGCAAGAGCUGGUUGCUGGAGUUCCAAGAGGAGCCCAGAAUUUUGGAUAUGUUUCAAUCAUUAACUCUACAGAUAUGACUUUUAUUCAGAAUUUCACUGGUGAACAGAUGGCAUCUUAUUUUGGAUAUACAGUCACAGUGUCAGAUGUUAACAAUGAUGGAAUGGAUGAUGUAUUGAUUGGGGCCCCUCUCUUCAUGGAACGUGAAUUUGAGACCAGCCCUAGGGAAGUAGGGCAAGUUUAUCUGUAUUUGCAAGUGAGUGCUCUUGUCUUCAGAGACCCACAGAUCCUCGCGGGCACCGAGGUUUUCGGGAGAUUCGGUAGUGCUGUGGCACACUUAGGAGACCUGAACCAAGAUGGAUACAAUGACAUUGCCAUCGGGGCACCCUUUGCAGGCAAGGACCAAAGAGGCAAAGUGCUCAUUUACAAUGGGAACAAGGAUGGCUUACACACCAAGGCGUCCCAGAUUCUGCAAGGAUUGUGGGCCUCCCAGACCAUCCCUUCUGGAUUCGGCUUUACUCUCAGAGGAGAUUCAGACAUAGACAAGAAUGAUUACCCAGAUUUGAUUGUGGGUGCCUUCGGAACAGGAAAAGUAGCUGUUUACAGAGCAAGGCCAGUCGUGACUGUGGAUGCCCAGCUUUUGCUGCACCCGAUGAUUAUCAAUCUGGAAAAUAAAACAUGCCAGAUUCCGGAGUCUGUGUCACCUGUGGCCUGCUUUUCUUUAAAAGUAUGUGCUUCAGUAGCGGGCCAGAGCAUUUCAAAUACAAUAGGCCUGACCGCCGAGGUAUACUUGGAUACUCUGAAACAAAAAGGUGCCGUCAAACGCACGCUUUUCCUUGACAACAAUCAGUCGCAUUUCAUCUUCCCUCUCACCAUCAAGCGGCAGAAAUCCCUCCAAUGCCAGGACUUUGUCGUUUACCUCCGAGAUGAAACCGAAUUCCGAGAUAAAUUAUCUCCAAUCAACAUUAGUUUGAAUUACAGUUUGGAUGAAUCCACCUUUAAAGAAGGCCUGGACGUGAAACCAAUAUUGAAUUACUACAAGGAAAACACUGUCACCGAGCAGGCUCACAUCCUGGUGGACUGUGGAGAAGACAACAUGUGCAUUCCUGACCUGAAGCUGUCAGCUAGACCAGAUAAGUAUCAGGUCAUCAUUGGAGAUGAAAAUCAUCUUAUGCUCGUAAUCAAUGCAAGAAAUGAAGGAGAAGGUGCCUACGAAGCUGAACUCUUCGUGAUGAUACCAGAGGAGGCAGAUUAUGUUGGGAUUGAACGCAGCAACAAGGUAAUGCCUUGCCCAGUAUUUCAAGUCGGAAAGAACUCAGGUAUAUAUUUGAAGUCAAAGCGACAUUACUCUCUGGGCCUCCGAUUUGCAGUUCCACGUCUUGAGAAAACAAACAUGAGCAUUAACUUCGAUCUCCAAAUCAGAAGUUCCAACAAGGACAACCCAGACAGCAAUUUUGUGAGCCUGCAAAUCAACAUCACUGCUGUAGCUCAAGUAGAAAUAAGAGGAGUGUCGCACCCUCCGCAGAUCGUUCUGCCCGUUCCUAACUGGGAACCAGAAGAGGAGCUCCACAAAGAGGAGGGAGUUGGACCAGUGGUGGAACAUAUUUAUGAGCUGCACAAUAUUGGACCGAGUACCAUCAGUGACACUCUCCUGGAGGUGGGCUGGCCAUUCUCUGCCCGGGAUGAAUUUCUCCUCUACAUUUUUCAUAUUCAAACUCUCGGACCUCUGCAGUGUCAAACAAAUCCUGACAUCAACCCACUAGAUAUAAAGCCCGCCACCCCCCCAGAGGACACCCCCGAGCUGAGCGCCUUUCUGCGGAACUCGACCAUCCCUCAUCUUGUCAGGAAGAGAGACGUGCGUGUGCCAGAGCCCCGUAGACAGAGCCCCGCAAAAAUCCUCAAUUGUACAAAUAUCGAGUGCUUACAAAUCUCCUGCGUGGUGGGGCGACUAGAAGGAGGAGAAAGCGCCGUCCUAAAAGUCAGAUCACGGUUAUGGGCCAAGACCUUCCUCCAGAGAAAAAAUGAUCCCUAUUCUCUUGCAUCCCUGGUGUCCUUCAAAGUUAAGAAGAUGCCUUAUCAAGAUCAGCCAGCAAAACUCCCAGAGGGGAGCAUAGGAAUUAAGACAUCAGUUAUCUGGGCAACCCCAAAUGUUUCCUUCUCAAUCCCAUUAUGGGUAAUAAUACUAGCAAUACUUCUUGGAUUAUUGGUUCUGGCCAUCUUAACCUUAGCUUUAUGGAAGUGCGGAUUCUUUGACAGAGCAAGACCACCCCAGGAUGACAUGAAUGACAGGGAACAACUCACAGAUGAGAAAACCAUUGAGACAUGAAAAGCAAAAGCAAAGUUCAAGACACUCGAACACUGGUCCUGUUCAAAGCAAAGAAGGAACAUAAAGGUUAAACAAAGGUUUCCCUGUACCCACCAGCGACCUAGGAAAUGGAAGGGCCCCAGAAAGAUCACCUCAUCUGUGCUGCACUUUGGAGAAGACGCCACGGAGCCCAGAGACCCUUCUGGGAGAGGUAACGUCCUCAACACUGUGGAAACCAUUAGCCAUCACGGAAGACAUCUUUUGCUUUAGUCAUUCUGCCUUUGGCAGACACUCUGAAAUGGGCAUGGGAACUCAAGUUGCUUUCCAGGUAAAUCCAACUCAAGUCGCAGAGAUGAACUAUCGGAAUUACGGUCAACUUCAGAAGGUGAACUAGGACCGAACCUUCCAACACUACUGUAUCCAGCGGAAUAUUUGACACCUCCCUUGGAAAAGAAGCAUUUCUAAUGAAGUUAUGGCUCAGGGAGACAAGCAUAUGUUGUUGGUACUGUGAAAGUACUUUUGAAACGACAAAGAUAAUCUUGUAACUGGGGAUAACAAUUUAUUUAUUUAUUUUCCAUGUCUCUGGGCAGAUAUCCUGGUCAUCUACAAGAUUUGGACAUUAAGAUUUGGUUAGCUGGUUCUCAAAAUCACUCACUAAAUUUCCUUCUAAGGUAACCCUCUGGUGCAGAUAAAUUCACAGAACAUCUUUAGACAGCGCUAAGAAAAAGCAGACAGUUUCCCUUAAUACUUAGCUGCCUGCCACCUGAAAUCACUUGGAUUCACACUUUCCGAGGACUCACAUCUGCUUGAUUUAGCUUGGCAAAAAGUUGUAUUUAUAUUUCCUUUCAUACAAAAAAAAAAAAAUGCUUUCUAUUGACUUAAUUAGCAAUACACAGAUUUCAAGGUCCUCUCACACCUGUGUGGUGUUUAAAAGUAAGGGUAAAAUUUCUGAGUCCAUUGAUACAAAAACAGUUUUACAAUAUGGGUAAACAUUAUUUUUAAUAUCUAUAAGGAACAACAGCAAUACUUAGCUUGGGAUUAAAUAACCUAUUUCUCUACUAUUCCUCAAAUCUAUAUACACAGAGAAGACACAUCAAGCAUACAUGGGAAAGAAAUACAAAGUUAUGCAGAUGUGAGAUGAACCCAGAAAAGGGAUUCCUAAGAAUUUUAUUUAGAAUUUCCUAUUCUAACCUUACUACUCAUUUUUACCGCUAAUCUUUAUAAUACACAACUUCAGAAAAUAACCUUUAUUUAAGCUAUUCUCCCAUCACCUAAAAUUUAACCACCACAGAAAGUUGAUGUUUAAAACUCUUGUAAAUAAUCCAUAGUCAUGUGUAAUGUCAUCGUUUCUGAAGUAAACCUGACCAGCCAAAGUUAUAUAAUCUGCACAGUUUUGUAGCCUUUUUAUGAUCAUGAAAAAUUACCAUGAAGAAAUGCUGAACAAAUUUUAUAUUGAUGUGCAAUAUUUUAUAGACCUACGUAUCUAAAGCAUGUAUGUUUACACUGGCAUUAGUUAUUUUUUUAAUUAAUAUCCUAUUACAUAUAAUCGAGCAAGUGGACCAAAAUCCUUAGGUUUACAAAGCAGUUGGAAAAGUUGUAUUCCCAGCGUCAGCAAUCACACUUUAUUUGAAAGAUGAGCCAAACUCACAGACACUAAAUUUUCUGUUGUGCCUUAGCCUGGAGGCCAGCCAUUUGGCUACAGUUGCAGAUCUUCCUUGGAAACCAAAUGCAAGGCUCAUGGAAGGAUACUCUGACACAGUUCAUAUUUUUCCCAGUUGUGAAUUAAAUCCUGUCACGGUAGCAGUUUCAAGUCUGUAAGGACAGAAGUCUGGCUCCCAGGGCAUAUGGCCGACUGUGGGUGAGAACCGCAGGUGCCUCAGAGAGUUUGAGGGUCCCACACCAGCCUCUGCAGGUCUUCUGUGUUAGUCCUCCAGGUAGAAUUGGUUUGGCAAGGAGGUGGCUGUCUAUAUGGGAUUGGAGGAGUGCCAAACAGGUUUCUCCGCCCCCACAUAACACCCUAACUCUUGUCAUCAUGCCUGACUUUGGGCCAAGAGAGAUUAGCUCCUAAGGAUUUGGGGUUCUAGAAGGACCCUGAGAAAACCCACCCAUUGCCUUUUAAGUUAACAUUCGUGAAGAAACUCAGAACCCCUAGGGCUACAUAAAUGUAGGACCCCAUGAGCUGGGUCACACAGACACCCAGAGGAAAGGACAGAUGCCAGGAACAAGACUAGGACCCGGAACGGAGCGAGAUCUGAGGUUUCCUCACAGUCUCAGCCAAGAGUGGUCCUCUCUGCAGAGACGGACAUUUGACAGAGGACCAUCACACACACAGUGGCCCCCUCUGCCACCUCAGAUGUGGAAGCAAAUGGAGGAAAGGGGGCACCUGAGGUCAGGUGAACCCACCAGUCAUCGGUUCCCGAGCAGCACCGCCGCUUAAGGAACACUCUGUCGAUGCACUGAGAGUAUCUGCUUCUCGCCAUAACACUGCCGAUCACUUUCAUAAUUCAUGUUGUACCAUGCUUCUGUUAGAGUCUAUGUAUAUCUUAGAUAUCCCUUUUGAAAUUCUUACAGCUGGCUUAGAAGACGUGGAAAAAAUGGGCAAAUCAAGUUUUAUACACUUGGAGAUUUUUAUACAGUAAAUAAACAUGGACUAGUCACCACUGAAACCCCCACUUUUUCAACUCCUUUUUUUUCUUCUUUUAUUUAAAUACAUGUGUAGAUAUCUGUGAAGAUUUUCACAUGCCUAUUAACCUUGUCACUAAUAAAAUGAAAAAUUAAAGACACGAUGACGUACUUGUGGUCUGUUUUGCACACAACGUACAGCUUUCCCACAAUAGCAGAGAUCAAACGUUUCUGUCUUUAUGCUUUGAUUUUUCAUUAUUAUAAAGACAUUUAAUGUUGGAAGAAAUCUGGAAGAGUGAGAAUACAACAUUUCUUUGGGAUGAUGAGAAUGUUCUAAACUUAGAUUGUGGUGAUGUUUGCAUAACUCCAUGAAUACACCAAAAAAUACUGAAUUGUACACUUUAAACGGUAAGUUUUAUAAUAUGUGAAUUAAAUCCCAAUAAAGGUAUUUAAAAAA